AUGGUAACUAAAUCGGAGGAUGCAUUUCCGGACGUUCGCCUUCGAGAAGAGUUGAUGUUUAUCGUUGGUGGCUGCGCUUGUUUGACUUUGCUCGUCAACGCUACUACAGCUCACGCACUGGUGAAUAUUUUGGGUUUCACAGAAUUGACGACGAGUAAAAAGAUCCUCUUGAAAAAUGUGGAUUUGAGUAUUGCCGAGGCGGCGAGAGAAAUGUACGAUGAACUGCUGGUCGAUGAUGAAGUGCUUCGGACGAGCUGUCCUAAGACUUUGACGGAGGCGGUGAGCACGUUGAGGUUGAGGAGGGCUGGUGGUGAUAGUGGGGAAGAGUCACCGAAGAGAAAUGUGUAUUGGGAUUUCAUGGACUUGGGGCUGCUACCGAGGAACUCGACAGCGGCUCAGUUGUUGAUUUAUAGCGUCGAUACGGCGAAACAGUUUCAUGUAGAAAAAAAGAUGAACGAUUGGAACAAGCUAAGAAGGCGACUCGAAUCUAAGGAGAGAGCGGCGUUAUGGAGAUUAAAACAGAAAAUGCGAUUAUCGACGGACUUCGCAUCGUCGUGGACGGAGUUGACGGUUUAUGUUGUUGAUUCGUUUGCGGCUGCUCAUGUGAGGGCGCAGAAGAGCAUUGCGAGAGUGAAGAUACGUUUGAGAGUUUCCCGACGCAAGAUGCAGAAGGUGCAGAGAGCGAUAAUUUUCUUUUGA